AACGCUCGACGAACAUACAGUGGAGUAGAUCAUAUCCAUAGUUUGAACAGACGACAAAACAACAGCUAAAUACUUGAUUACAGGCCAGACAGCGACUUAUCUAAUAAAGUUGUUAUUGAAUUGAGACAUUUACAAGAUCUCUAUAAAUACGAUUUCAAGCUCUACCGUGUAAUCAUGGGUCUGACGCGCGUGCUGGUGAAAGAUGGCGGUUUUGGCACACAGAUGACCGUUCAUGUGGGCAACUCUGUGGAUGGGGAUCCCUUGUGGAGUGCCCGCUUCAAUGCCACUAAUCCGGCGGCCAUAAUUAACACCCACCUGGAUUUCCUGCAGAAUGGGGCUGAUAUCAUAUUGACGAACACUUAUCAGGCCAGUGUCGAGGGUUACAUGGAGUAUUUGGAACUGGACGAGGAUCAGAGCAUCGAGCUGAUAAGAAACACGGUGCGUCUGGCGCACAUAGCAAAGGAAAAAUAUCUGACCGAGUGUUAUCAGGCCCAGCUGGCGGUUCCAGAAGGCUAUCCUCUGAUAAUCGCCUCGAUUGGACCCUUUGGCGCCCACCUUCACGAUGGCUCCGAGUACACCGGUAGCUACGCCGAUUAUGUACCAGCAAAGACCAUCACCGACUGGCACCGCAUCCGGAUCGAGGCUUGUCUGGAGGCGGGAGUAGAUGCCCUGGCCAUUGAGACAAUUCCGUGCCAGAUGGAGGCUGAAGCCCUCGUGGAAAUGCUUUGCGAUGACUAUCCGGAUGUGAAGUUCUGGGUGGCAUUCCAAUGCAAGGAUGAGAGCACUCUAGCGCAUGGCGAGACCUUUGCAGAUGCGGCAAAUGCCAUCUGGGAUAUGCUCGCCGAGCGUAAUGCUCAGGACAAGUGCUUGGCUGUCGGUGUGAACUGUGUGCAUCCCAAAUUUGUGACAUCUUUGUUCAAGAGCCUUAAUGGAGACCGCAGCGUGGAAGAUCAGAUCCCGCUGGUUGUUUAUCCCAACAGUGGAGAGGUCUACGAUGUCGUCAAGGGCUGGGAGGGAAGGGAGCAUUGUGUGCCCCUCGCCAACUACGUGCCCGAGUGGUCGCAGCUGGGAGCCAAAAUUAUUGGCGGCUGCUGUCGCACAUACGCCAGGGAUAUUCGCCACAUUGGCGAGGCCAUCCGCAACUGGAACAAACUGAAGAAGGUCGCUUAAAGGUGGCAAGAACCUGCGGAUCUCAGUAACUGUAACGAACAAAAUGCAUUUGAAUUAGUUCUGUA